GUCAUGCCUUCGGUUCUCCGCUGACAUAUGUGCUCAAGUGCAUUGAGGAAGGUUGCUCGAUGAGCUUCAGCGAGUGGCUCACAACCGAAGCAGUCCGCUCCGCCGCCACGAGCCUGGCGGUCUGGGCUGCGAAGCCCGAGUGUCCGCCGUGCACCUGCAAGCCAUCGCUGGUGUGCGGCAGCGGGUCGGAGCCUCAGAGGCUGGACUGCCCACACCAGGUGGGGACCUGGCCGCUAUCGGCCGUCGUGCUGGCCGCGGUGCUGGGCCUGGCCGCUGGCGCGCUGCUGGGCCUUUGGUCCAGUGAGGCCAUGUCGGCGGCGGCCGCUGCGGCCGCGGGCCAUCCCCUCGCCCGCCUCGGCCUGGAUGAGGGGGACUUCAUCUUGAUCCGAUACCAGGUCGGGGGGGCGAGGAUCUGGCAUGAGCGCCUCCUCCUGGCCUUCCAACCUGUCGAGCCCUUUGGGUGCGGGAUCCUGACCCCGGACGGGCACGACUACGUCGAGAUCAUCGCAAAUGGAGGCGCGGACGUGGCCGAGUUCUGCAUCACAGCUGGAGGCGCCGCCGGAGGCAUCUCGGCGGCGACUGGAGGGGACCAGGUCUACCGGUUCCGCGCCCUGCCUCUGCCGGCGGCCGUCGCUGCCGCGGCCACCGCCACUCGGGGCACGCUCGGGCUCGCUCAGGGUCCGGCCGUGGCCCUGAACACCGUGGGCCGGGUCAUCGAGCCGCCAGCUGUCGCUCCUGCUGCUGCUGGUGUCCCUGCCGCCGCGGGCGGCCCGGCCGCUGGCGGCGUGGCGGGCCUCGCGGCGGCCCUGGGGGCGCCCGCUGCGGUCGGUGCGGCGGCCCUUGGAGCAGCGGCAGGCGCGCUCGUGCCGGCCGCAGCGCCCGCUGGGGCCGCGCUGGGAGGCGGCCUUGUGCCGGUGGCCGGCGCCCUCGCGGCUGGCGCCCCGCUGGCCGCCGGGCCCGUGGGCGUCCCCGCUCCCGCAGCCGCCGCGCCCGCCGCAGCGGCCGCCGCACCUGGAUGGGCCGACAUAGGGGCGGGCGCCCUGGCGAAUGCUUUCGCUGCAGUAGCGGCGGCCCCUGGCGGCGACGCACGGAUGCAAGCCAUCGUCCAGGACUCCCAGGGGGUCCGUUACGUCGACUUCAGGACGGCCGUGAUGAGGAUGCACGAGUUGCCUUGGCAUGACUGGCCGCUCAAAGGGCCAAGGACGUUGUUGUGGGUGCUGAACUACAUCUGCCGCAACGGUGGCACACCGCUCGGGCGCCACACCAAGUGGAAGGCUGAGGCCUACCUGGACGACGAGGAUCCAGGAGUGGACGUGCACUUGCUGUGCUGCAGGCUGUUGGAGUUCGGUGUCGUGUAUGAUCAGACCCACGCGACCAAUCUAGCGUCGAUGGAGCUGGUUGGCCGCACGCUCCAGACCCAGGAGGAGCUGUACCGCGACAGGUUCGCGCCCACGUCCGAGCAUGGGAACGACGCCGCGCUGCUGUCCGGCGUCCAGGAUGCGGGCAGCGGCAUCUGCAUGGCCCCGGCGCUGCGCGACUGGCUGGCUGCUGAGAAGUCGCGCGAGGCGGCGAUCGCCAAGGAACGGCGCAAGGCCCCCGGCCGCCAGGGACACGACGCCAGCGCGACGUUUUCCCGCUGCCGGUCACACCGACCGCUGCUCCGCGAGUUGUGGAGCCUGGCGGGCGACGCGCUGCUCGUCGGCGCGGCCAUCAUGCAUAUCGACCGAUGCGUCAAGGAGCUGGGCGCGCCGCCGCCCGAGUUCAGGGACACGCGUGCUGGUCAAGACGGGGCCCUCCGGGAGCUCCUCUCCUGCGCCAACCUGUACGGUUCGGGCGCCGCCUCGUCGUCCCCCUACGUCCGCGACCGAGUCGCAUGGCCCGCUGGUGGUGCCGCGCCCGUCGAGCUUGUCGAGUUGGUGCAGCCCCAUGACAAGGCCUGGCUGGAGGGAUGGCAGAGCCAUAUGCUUCGAGAUCGGCAGUCCGCCGAGGCCUUGGCACGUUCGGCCUGCCCGCACGGGCCGUACUGCGACCCGAACCUGUUCCGGGACGCGAUCGCCUAUGGCCAGUUUUUGAUGGAGAUGCACCAGAGGCAGAUGGUUACUUUCGCGGCUGUACUCACGGUGCUCCACAGCGCCUACGGCUUCGUGGCGGCUUACGGCGAGAGGCAGGGCAGCUCGGUGUUCAUCACGUUAGCCCUGUGGGCGGUCAAGCAGGGGGACCCCUACAAGGAGCUCAUGGGCCAGCACGGGGACCCCUACGUGGAGCACGUGGGCCUGCAUGAGGGCCCCUUCAUCUCCAAGGGCCAGCACGGGGACCCCCACGUGGAGCUCAAGAUAGACAACAGCCUCACGCGUGCCAAUGCCUCUUACGUCGAGGGCGACUCUUGGGACAUGGAGGAGGUUCCUGGGCACCUUACUCGCAUGGAUGCCUGGAAGUCAGUCUCGGCGCAGUCGGUCUCCACGGGGGCCAACAUACUGUACCUGGAGGGGGAGGCCCUGGUCACGUCCUAUCGACCCGCACUGGCCGUCGCGGCGCUCGGCCUUCUGCUCGGGUUUCUGGCACGCGAGGCGCAGGCCAUGCAGAGGCAGAUGGCCCCUACGUCUCCAGUUCGGACUCGUCAGCGCGCCCAGCUGGCGGCGGCGGCGGCGCGCGGGCGGCCUCUGGUGGGCGCCCUGACGCUCCUGGAGCAGCUGUCCGUAUGGCCAAACACGGAGGCCAUGUACAGGCGGCUCCUGCAGACGUUCCUCACGUAUUGCUGGGUCCACCGCCGGGACUGGAGCCACUCGCGCGAGCUGGACUGCCUGCUCGUCGAGUACUGCACCUUUCGCUACAUCGCGGAGGCGGUGCCGAGCGUCGGACCGCAGACGGUGGCAGCGCUGACGCUCUUCACGCCGGGGCUCCACAGGCGGGUGGGCUCGCCUUGGCCCCGCGCCUCACGCGCGCUGCAGGCGCGGCGGAGGCUGGCCAUGACCCGCCCGCGUUCGCCCAUCCCGAGGGCGGUCAUGUUCGUGCUGGUGAACGUCCGGAUCGCCUGGCAGCAGGCGCCGAGGGCGGCGCGGCUGGCGAGGCCGUUCUCGGUAUACCUCAUGUCCGCCGAGACUCAGCGGCUGCCCACGGACAGCAUCGUGGAGCCCUCGGCGCCAGCGGGCCCAGCCUACCAGUUCUGGCACCUUCUCCUCCCCCCCGCAGGCCGCGGGCAGGCGGGCGAGACGGGUGCCUUCGACGAAAGCGACGACCUUUUGUCCCGGUGGAGGUCGCAGGAGCAGGUUUACCAGCGAGGCUGUUGGGCUGUGCCAUCAUCGAGGAUGAGGUACGCGAAGGGGACGGCCCUCUUCCGCGAGCUGAGGGGCGUGCUUUCGACCAUGUACGUAUUCGGCGACCUGGCCGCGCAGAGCUCCGCGCUGCUGAUCGAGAAGGGCUGCGCGGGCGCGGGGCUGCAGCGGCGCACUCCGGCCAGCUUACUGGAGGCGCUCAUGGGCGGGCGUCAGCGGCCGCGGCUGGGCAGCUCCGAGUGCGCCGACCACCUGCGGCGCCGCUUCAAGGCUGCGGUCAGCCGCGGCUCGCUGUGCCGGCGUCGGGUGGUUCUGGAGCUUUUCUGCGGCAGUGGCCAUUUCUCUGCUGCCGCCCGCCGCCUGGGCUUGUCGGCGCUCGGCCUGGACCUCCGGCUGUCGCCGCUGGAGGACCACUGCCGCCGCGAUUUCGAGCGGGUGGUGUCCGGCUGGCUUCGCAGCCGCGCCGUGGCAGCCGUCUUCCUAGGUCAUGCCUUCGGUUCUCCGCUGACAUAUGUGCUCAAGUGCAUUGAGGAAGGUUGCUCGAUGAGCUUCAGCGAGUGGCUCACAACCGAAGCAGUCCGCUCCGCCGCCACGAGCCUGGCGGUCUGGGCUGCGAAGCCCGAGUGUCCGCCGUGCACCUGCAAGCCAUCGCUGGUGUGCGGCAGCGGGUCGGAGCCUCAGAGGCUGGACUGCCCACACCAGGUGGGGACCUGGCCGCUAUCGGCCGUCGUGCUGGCCGCGGUGCUGGGCCUGGCCGCUGGCGCGCUGCUGGGCCUUUGGUCCAGUGAGGCCAUGUCGGCGGCGGCCGCUGCGGCCGCGGGCCAUCCCCUCGCCCGCCUCGGCCUGGAUGAGGGGGACUUCAUCUUGAUCCGAUACCAGGUCGGGGGGGCGAGGAUCUGGCAUGAGCGCCUCCUCCUGGCCUUCCAACCUGUCGAGCCCUUUGGGUGCGGGAUCCUGACCCCGGACGGGCACGACUACGUCGAGAUCAUCGCAAAUGGAGGCGCGGACGUGGCCGAGUUCUGCAUCACAGCUGGAGGCGCCGCCGGAGGCAUCUCGGCGGCGACUGGAGGGGACCAGGUCUACCGGUUCCGCGCCCUGCCUCUGCCGGCGGCCGUCGCUGCCGCGGCCACCGCCACUCGGGGCACGCUCGGGCUCGCUCAGGGUCCGGCCGUGGCCCUGAACACCGUGGGCCGGGUCAUCGAGCCGCCAGCUGUCGCUCCUGCUGCUGCUGGUGUCCCUGCCGCCGCGGGCGGCCCGGCCGCUGGCGGCGUGGCGGGCCUCGCGGCGGCCCUGGGGGCGCCCGCUGCGGUCGGUGCGGCGGCCCUUGGAGCAGCGGCAGGCGCGCUCGUGCCGGCCGCAGCGCCCGCUGGGGCCGCGCUGGGAGGCGGCCUUGUGCCGGUGGCCGGCGCCCUCGCGGCUGGCGCCCCGCUGGCCGCCGGGCCCGUGGGCGUCCCCGCUCCCGCAGCCGCCGCGCCCGCCGCAGCGGCCGCCGCACCUGGAUGGGCCGACAUAGGGGCGGGCGCCCUGGCGAAUGCUUUCGCUGCAGUAGCGGCGGCCCCUGGCGGCGACGCACGGAUGCAAGCCAUCGUCCAGGACUCCCAGGGGGUCCGUUACGUCGACUUCAGGACGGCCGUGAUGAGGAUGCACGAGUUGCCUUGGCAUGACUGGCCGCUCAAAGGGCCAAGGACGUUGUUGUGGGUGCUGAACUACAUCUGCCGCAACGGUGGCACACCGCUCGGGCGCCACACCAAGUGGAAGGCUGAGGCCUACCUGGACGACGAGGAUCCAGGAGUGGACGUGCACUUGCUGUGCUGCAGGCUGUUGGAGUUCGGUGUCGUGUAUGAUCAGACCCACGCGACCAAUCUAGCGUCGAUGGAGCUGGUUGGCCGCACGCUCCAGACCCAGGAGGAGCUGUACCGCGACAGGUUCGCGCCCACGUCCGAGCAUGGGAACGACGCCGCGCUGCUGUCCGGCGUCCAGGAUGCGGGCAGCGGCAUCUGCAUGGCCCCGGCGCUGCGCGACUGGCUGGCUGCUGAGAAGUCGCGCGAGGCGGCGAUCGCCAAGGAACGGCGCAAGGCCGUGGCCGCGGCGGCCGAGGCCGAGGGCGACGGGGCCGUGGGGGCGGCAAUACCCCAG